AUGGAGAAUUGUAACGAGAAGUUACUUGGCUGCGAAGUUGUAGAAAGCAACGAUAACUUUUCAUCAAAACCAAAAGCAAGACGUUCAAGAAACUCAACAGUAACAGGAGCCUUGAUUUUAAGUCUUACCUUCAACGUCAUUUUCAUCCUCAGAAUCUAUUCGUACUCUCAUGACGAGUCUGUCGCAAAAUCGAAAUACGGUACUGCAAACCCUCAAUACACCAUCGCACUCGCUGACACAAUCUCAGCUGGCCUUAUAAACAACGUAGACGUUCCAUACGUUUGGGACACUGAUCGGAGUAACCCGAACGAUACAGAACGCAACAAAUUAUGGUACGAAGACGAAGAAUCUAAUGAAGGUAUCAUGGCCAUGGAUAACGAGGAAGCAGAAAUGCUUGGACUGCAACGUAGUCAACCAUGGCCAUGGGAUAAGAAAAAGAGUAUACAUAUCACAAAUGGACAUCAUAAUCUGCACUGUUUGAGAAACAUCUACAUUUCCAUAAACGAGUAUUCUACGGGAGUACCUCAGUCUCUCGAGCGUUCCCACGUUCUACACUGUCUCGGUGCCCUCUACGACGACAUCAAGUGCAACGCGGACGACACACCUCGCUUCACAAACAGAGGCGUUAAACCUGGCGAGGGUCAAAUACGGAAAUGUCGAGACUGGAGUCAGCUUCGAAAAUGGGUCAAGGAGAGAGAUGGAUGUUUCAAGUACAUCAAGCAUGAUGUUCAAAAUAUCAGUACUAUUGAAAGGAUGAAGUAUUGCAGUAAUGACAGCAAGUAUUUGCCACUUAUUAGGGAGUUCUUUGGUCUGAAGGACACUUGGUUUCCGUGGCCGUAUGUUGAGCAGGAGGGAUAUCUGAUCAAAGGAGAAGAAUUUAGAGGAAGGGAUUUUGAGUAG